GGGAAGAUCUCUGCUUUCCAGUAAAACUUCUCCAGUCCAGAGUAUGCUGUGGCAGUUCCCACCCUCCCCGUGUGCCUGCUGGAUUUCCUGCUGACAGAAUUAGUCACUUCUGCAGCUUCUGGUUUGUCCAGUCGGGCGGAUUGCAGUUGCUGUCUAAAAAUACACCGUGCGGCUGGGUUACGGAGGAGUGGAGAGCUUUGCUUACGCACAGGACUUCUCCCGGAGCUCUCAUCGCCGAGGAGCUGCGUGCAGGAGACCUCCAGGCGCGAUGUGAAUCCCUCUGUGCACGCUCCUUUCCCAACCUUCCUCAGGGAAUUUCUACUCCGGGGGAAACCGAGGUGUGGAAGAAGCGGGGUGCCCACGAAAGCCAGAUGUAGAACACAGGAUUCCCAACCCGUGAUUUGUUUGUUGGAGAAUCCAGGCUUUACAGAGAUGGGAGGGACGUGUUGGAGGUGCUGUAGGACACUGCGGUUCCCCACACCACAGCUCCAGCGUGGGCUGUCACUUGCUCUUCCAGCUCAGGAAGAGGCUUGGAUAGUUAAGCACUUAAUUCCUGACUUGCUACCACCCCCAAAGGCUAUUUUGAGAAACCCAAGCACAUCCUGAUACAUAAGCAGCUCCCUUUUGUCAUCUAGUGGCUUUUGGCUUGUGCAGAGGGAGUUUGCUGCUGCUGGGGAGUCCGGUGGUGGCGUGUCCUGGCUCCUCAUCCCAGUGGGGAUUUCUCUCUGACUCCUCCACCUGAUUGGCAUGAGACUUCCCUCCCAGGGCGCGCACCAGCCCGGCUGAUGCUCCAGCCAGAAACCUCCGUUCCUGCUGCAGGGAGCGGUGACGUUGAGGACUGAGUGAGGAGGAGCAAGAGGAAGUAACUGGACCUGUGACUAACGUGGAGAGAACAUCAGGAAAGGUUUUCUAUUAAUGUUUAUAGAAGUAGUUUCAUUGAGACGGGUGCGAGGAGUCAGACCUUGAGUCAAUUUGUGCUGGCGACUGCUUCUUGGGGAGCCAUGGGCAAGGACAUGAACAACGUGGAGGAAGGGGUGGAGUUCCUCCCCGCCAUGAACUCCAAGAAGAUGGAGAAGCGUGGCCCAAAGCGACGUGUGGUCGUUGCCAUCAUGAUCGUUGCUUUUCUGCUCAUCUCCCUCGUCACCGGCCUCCUGGUUUGGCACUUCAAAUACAGGAACGCGCCCGUCCAGAAGGUUUUCAACGGCCACCUGCGGGUUCUGAACUGGGAUUUCACUGAUGCCUACGAGAACUCCAGCUCACCAGAGUUCACCAUGCUGGCCAAGAAGGUGAAGAGCACGGUGGAGGAGAUCUACAGGAGUCAUCCAGAUAUUGGCCCGUACCACAAGGAGACAGUAGUAACUGCGUUCAGCGAAGGCAGCGUCAUUGCCUACUACUGGUCAGAGUUCCUCGUCCCCAAGUACCGCGAGAAGGAUCUUGACAGGGCCAUGGCAGACAAGCAGAGCCUGAUCCAGCAGCUGAACCCGCGGCUGCGAAACCCCGUGCUGAAGGUGGAGUCGAUUGUCGCUUUCCCUGCUGACCCCAGCAUAGCUCAGUCUUCUCGGGACAAUAGCUGCCUUUUUGCCCUCCACGCCAAGGAAGGGGAGGUCACCAGUUUCACCACGCCGGGGUUCCCCAACAGCCCGUACCCCAACAACGCGCGCUGCUACUGGACGCUGAGGGCAGACGCCAAUUCCGUCAUCAGCCUGACCUUCAGGACGCUGGAACUGGAGCAGUGCACAGAUGACGGUGACUACAUCAAGGUGUACAACUCUCUGAGCCCCGUGGAGCCCCACGCUUUGGUGAGGCUGUGUGGGAAUUAUGCCCCUUCCUACAACCUGACCUUCCUGUCCUCCCAGAACGUUAUGCUCGUCACGUUGAUUACCAACAAGGAGGGGAGAUUCCCUGGCUUUAAGGCCGAGUUCUUCCAGCUCCCAAAGAUGAAAGUCUGCGGUGGGACUCUGAAAGGAGAGAGCGGCACCUUCACUACCCCCUAUUACCCGGCACACUACCCCCCAGCCUUGGACUGCGUCUGGAACAUCGAGGUUCCCUCUAAAAAGAACGUGAAGGUGCGUUUCAACAUGUUCUUUGUGCUGGAGCCGGGGAUCCCAGUCAGCUCCUGCCCCAAGGACUACGUUCAGAUCAACAGCACGAGGUACUGUGGGGAGCGUUCCCAGUUUGUGGUGGCCAGUACCACCAACAAAAUCGAGGUCCGGUUCCACUCAGACCUGUCGUACACAGACACUGGCUUCUCUGCUGAGUACCUGUCCUACGACUCCAGUGACCCCUGCCCUGGCAAGUUUGCCUGCAACACGGGCCGCUGCAUUGAGAAAAGCAUGCGCUGCGACGGGUGGCUGGACUGUGUAGAUGGCAGCGACGAGAGGUCCUGCGUCUGUACCGAGCAGCAGUUCAGGUGCCAGAACGGCUGGUGCAAGCCCAAGUUCUGGGUCUGUGACAACGUGAAUGACUGCGGCGACGACAGCGACGAGCUGCAGUGCAGUUGUGGAAACAGCAGCUUCAAGUGCGACAAUGGGAAAUGCAUCCCCAACACGCAGAAGUGCGACGGCAAGGACGACUGUGGAGAUGGGAGUGAUGAGGGCAGCUGUAGCAAAGGAGGUGCAACAGUCACCUGCAAGGAAUACAUGUACAAGUGCCGCAGUGGACUCUGCGUCAGCAAACAGAACCCAGAGUGUGAUGGCGAGCAGGACUGCGAGGACAAUUCUGAUGAGGACAACUGCAACUGCGGGACCCGCUUCUUUAAUAGGAAGUCACGGAUCGUCGGUGGGCAGAACUCGGACAUGGGAGAGUGGCCGUGGCAGGUCAGCCUCCACGUCAAGGGCCAGGGCCACGUCUGCGGGGCCUCGCUCAUCUCGGAGACCUGGCUGGUGUCUGCAGCACACUGCUUCCUGGAACUGCAGGACGCCAGCCAGUGGACAGCCUACCUGGGCCUGACCGACCAGGGCAACCGCAACGAUGCCAACGUGCAAACGAGGAAAAUCAAGCGCAUCAUCUCCCACCCCUACUUCAAUGACUACACCUAUGACUACGAUAUUGCUGUGAUGGAGCUGCAGAGUCCUGUGACCUUCUCCUCUGUCGUCCAGCCCAUCUGCCUGCCCGAUUCCACCCACCAAUUCCCCGUGGGCAAGGACCUGUGGGUGACUGGAUGGGGAGCAACUGUGGAAAGAGGCAGUGGUGCCAGCAUCUUGCAGAAAGCAGAGAUCCGGGUGAUCAACCAGACCAUCUGCAACCAGCUGCUGUCCGGCCAGCUGACGCCACGCAUGAUGUGCGUGGGGAUCCUGACGGGAGGCGUGGAUGCAUGCCAGGGAGACUCUGGAGGGCCCCUGGUCAGCGUGGAAGCCAACAGUCGGAUGUUCCUGGCUGGCAUCGUGAGCUGGGGCGACGGCUGUGCACAGCGGGAGAAGCCUGGCGUCUACAGCCGGCUCACUGCCCUGCGAGGGUGGAUCAAAGAGCACACGGGCCUUUAGGGACACGCUCAGCCCUCUGUGGACACGAACGUCUCUUGUACACCGCCAGCUGGACGCUGACCCAGCCGCAACCAGCGGGCCCGUGGCAUUGUCCUCCCUGCACAUGGCGGCGGUGAGCAGAGCGCUGCCUCGACUGUGAACUUCAACCCUCCCUCUACCUCACUGUGAGUGAGUGCCUGGGACUCCCAGCCUUGGACUGUUGUCCAUAUUUAAAGCGUGUGUGUACCGAGCAGCCAGAGCUGAUGUAGUUUAGGCCUUAGUACUUCCACCCUGAACCCAAAUCUCAGUUUAGAAAUCAAUGCCUAGAUAUAAAAAAUUUCCCUUUGUGGGCAAGCUAGUGCAGCUCCCAUGAAGAACUUGAAUGAACAGCCAAAUCUAUACAAAACUAAACUAAAAACAAAAUUAAAGAUUUUUUUUAAAAACUG